AUGGGUUCCUUCUUUUUUGGAGGUGCUACACAAAGCACCGUUGACGGCCGCAAGCUACAGCACAUGAUAUAUGUCUCGCCAAGAAGAAUUGACGACUUGAAUCGUACAGACCUUGACCCGCCUUUGCGUGACUUGUAUGGAACGCACUCUUCCAACUCCAUCAUGAAUGAUAUAGGCUGGCCUUUCAUCAGUGAUGAUCCCGACGAGCUGGAGAGGAUUGCCACACCAAACGGGCGGGCCGCGAGAAUCAACGUUGGAUCCUCAAAUCGGGUACUCCGGGACAGGGGGACCCCGGGGGUAAUGCAUGAGGCCGCAGCCAACCAUCUAGCUUUCACGUUUUUGAAGAGAAAGAUCUAA